AUGAACCAAACCGACGCGAUGCUGGGCAAUAAGCCCAUGAAUGCAAGGCAAUUGACCGACAAAGCAAAAGAGUUCGAAUGGAACCCGCGUAUCGGCUUCAAGCACUGGGCGCGUGCCGCCGAGACUAUUCAUCAUCAGGCUCAAGUCUAUCUGCGAGAAGGAAACUUCCCCCAAUCAUACCUUGUACUGUUUCGGUACUCCGUCUUGGUGCUCGAUUAUCUCGUCAAACAUCCCGAAGCUAAAGAACCCGAAGCGAAGAAAACCUUGAGGCCGCUGCAAAAACGCAUCCCAAAAGUUAUCGAGACACUAGAGAUACUGCGCCCCCAACUUGACGACGCCUAUGACCGAUGGGUGGAGAUUACCACGACGCAGAAAGAUGCCGCUAGGGAUCGGGAUUUCGCACCACCCGCCUCGUCGUCACCAUACGCAAGGCAUGCUGCCAACGAUCCAGCACUCUCGUGGAACUACGCCUCGCCCGCUAACAUCCUCGACGCACAAGACCACCAGGAUCUUGCAGUCGACCUGGCAAGGGAGGAGAUGAGAAGACGCAGACGGGCCGCGGGUGCGUUGGAGGACGAAGAAUACAGACGGCGAAUCAGCAGGCAACGUGACGGACGGGUUUACGAGAGUGAUAGGAGGGCUCCACCGCCAUACAUGGACGACGAAGAACUCCGGCGGCAGAUGGAAGCCACCCGGCGCCAAUUAGAUGGGUCCGAUGAGCACCGGCGUUACGAAGACGAAGGACCUGCCCGACCGUCCACAUAUUCUUACCCCUCGAUUACAAAGUCAUCGCCGCUCGGAUAUCAACGUCCCACUUCGCGAGACCGCCCAGGCGGCCCUAGGAUUCAGCCUCCGCGCCCGCCAAAAGAGCGAGAAGUCGACCGGUCGCCCGCCAGGCUGCCGCCGCGGCCCGACAAGAGUUUGGAUUUGGAACGGGAGUCCCCCAUUCUCCCGCCGCCCCGGCCAGCAAAGGAACUAGCGCUCCCGGGCAGUUUUCCAGACUACAGUCCUCUUCCCGAAGAGGCACCGGCCGUCCCCCCGAAGCCUGCAAGCGAGCCGUACAAAAAGCGGGUUACCUUUCGUCCGGCGGGAUACCUCGAGAAUGGUGACCCGAUCAGGCCCGUCUUCCUCCCUAGCACCCUGCGGCAGAAGUUCCUGGCGAUUGCGGCGAACAACACGCGCCAAGGGUUGGAGAUGUGCGGGAUGCUCUGCGGCACGACGGUCAACAACGCGCUCUUCAUCUCGCAUCUGGUGAUUCCGGAGCAGCGAUGCACAUCGGACACGUGCGAGACGGAGAACGAGUCGGGCAUGCUCGACUACUGCAUCACCAACGACCUAAUAGUGAUUGGUUGGAUUCAUACCCACCCCACGCAGACGUGUUUUAUGAGCUCGCGCGACCUGCACACCCAAGCCGGGUACCAGGUGAUGAUGCCGGAGAGUAUUGCGAUCGUGUGCGCGCCGCAAUACGAGCCCUCAUGGGGCAUCUUCCGCCUCACCAACCCUCCCGGGCUCCCGCACAUCCUGUCUUGUCAAAGAACCGAGACAUUUCAUCACCACGCCGUCGACAACCUGUAUGUCGAGGCCGGACACCCACAGGGCCACGUUUAUGAGUCGAAGACCCUGGAGUUCGAGCCUGCGAGCUGGGGCCAGGGAAAGCCAGCAUUGUUGCUCGAGCCGCUGGGCCGUGGUGGUCCUGGGGCUCAUGCCCCGGGGGAAGAGCAGAAGUACUAG